AUGGGUUUGGACCAAGCGAAGAGGAGGAAGAGGUGGAAAAGGAGGAAGGAGAAAAACUCCUUUGAAAAUUUCCCAUAUCCCAAUGUGAGGAUGCCUAUUUAUGACAUCCAGACACAUGAUAGUAAGAAGGCCCUCCUUCUUAAUCUGACAGGAGAAAUCAAGGAAGGGCUUUGUGAACCAACCACCCAGGCCAAACUCUUCUAUACCGGCUUAGACUUAGAGUCCAGAAGUCCAAGUGACAAUGUGGGUACUGACAUUCACGAUUUACUGAUUCGAGACAAGAAGCAAAAUGGGGAGGAGAGGAGAGAAAAAAUGUAA